AACAACAAGUGCUCAAAAAAAUAAAUAAAAACAAAAAUCAAGCUAAACGGAUAUUAAACCGAUCAGUAUAUAUAUCGAAUACAUAAUGCAGCCCAGUUGUGUGCUUGUGAUCGUCUUGGUCGGCGCAGCUUUGGUCGCCGCUCGCCCGGAGCCACCACGUGACACCUACAGCGCUCCACCCUCGAGCAGCUAUCAGCCCAGUGGACCCAGCGGCGGCUAUGGAGCGCCUGCGCCGCAGUAUGGACCGCCACAGCAGCCGCCAGUGAUCCACAAGCAUGUCUAUGUGCAUGUCCCACCACCAGAGCCAGAGUACCAGGCGCCCAGGAAACCACUGUAUGUGCCGCCACCACAGAAGCACUACAAGAUUGUGUUCAUCAAGGCGCCAUCUCCGCCAGCACCAACAGCACCGGUCAUUCCACAGUUCCCGCAGAACGAGGAGAAGACUUUGGUCUAUGUGCUAGUCAAGAAGCCCGAGGAGCAGCCCGAAAUUAUUAUUCCCACGCCAGCGCCGACGCAGCCCAGCAAGCCCGAGGUCUACUUCAUUCGCUACAAGACCCAAAAGGAGGAGACCGGCCCCUAUCCCAACAGCAUUGCGCCACCUUCCGAAUAUGGCGCACCCGCCGCCCCGCCCGCACCCUCCGCGCCCAGCAGCAGCUAUGGCGCACCCUCGCAUUAACCUGCUGCGGUUUUCGCAUCCCAUAGAAGAAACCUCACUUAUUUUUCGGUUACCCCUCAACGAUGUAAAAAAAAUUCGAACGUGUGACAAAGUUUACGAACAUUUAAUUCAAUUUAUCA